AUGUCUCUCGAAGCUGCUCUCGACGAGGAACGGCGCGAGAUCCUCGAGAUCCUCCAGGGUCGCCCACAGCAGCAGAACAGCCAGCACAGCCAACAGCAGGGCCAACAGAACCAGUCUGCUCGUCCCCACCAUGUUAGCCCAGCUCCUCCCAUACGCUCCAUGCUCGAUGUCGCGCCGGCACGGCCAGGCUCUGUCAAGUCGUCGUCCGCCAGCGUCCGGAGCAUGCUCGAUCCCAUAUCCCCUUCUCCGCUGAGAGAGACCCAUAGCGCGGCCUCUUCGCCUACCUCUUCUGCCAGGACACCGUCGAUAAACGAGUCAGAUGGCCAGCGUCGGGCCUCAGAGUCAUCCUACAACGGUCUACCGUCAGUAGGGAAGAAGUCGGGCGUCGAGGCCUACCAGUUCAGCAUGCUGCCCAGUAUACCCAGCCAGGCGCUGCCAAAACGAGUCACCCAGGGUGGCAAGAAGAGCGUGACCGGAAACGGCAACAAUCACAACAACAUUAACGCAAAACAUGCCAACUCCAUGGCCGCCGUCAUGUCGGGAUCCGACUUUAGCCCGUUACCUGGCUUCCCCCGCGGUCGACAGAUCGGGCGCCAUGCUCCUGGGUUCGCGCCUAACUCGACCUCCCCCAUGCGCUCGCGGUCUCCGGUACCACACUCGCUCAACAGCCUUAAUCCGCUUGCGGCUAACUCCAAGUCGAACGUCAGCACGUUCGUCACGGAUUCAGGUAGAGUCAUCAACCUGGAUCAUGCAUAUAGAAAGCUGUCCAAUGCCGCGCUGCAGAGGUCGGGCGGCAGCCUGGCCAAUCUUCCUCAUAUAGAAAAGAAGGAACUAGAAGACAUGGCAGAGAUGUCAGACUCGGACGCCAGGCUGGCAAAAGAUUACUACCUUGAUACCCCAGACGGGGGAUUUAGUGAGGAUCACACCAGCGAGGACGACGAUGAUAUAAGUUCUGAUGAGGACCUGUGGAGGAUGGGCGUUGGUCGAGGCCGUCCAAGGAUAAGAAAGAAGCCUGAAGCCCAGGGACCCGAUCAUGAUACAGAUGACACGGACGCAGCUAAGAAGGUCAGGAGCCUGCUUGCUGCGGCGGAGGAAGAACUUGCAGCUGCUAGUGAACGGCCCAUGAGACAAAAGACCGGUGUCCACCCAAAUACGAAUUUCGACAUCACCGUCUCUCAAGGCAAUACUCCUGUCGGCUCUGACGACGAAGGUGGGAACGUGGAAGAUGAAGCAGAAGUCAGCGAGAUCAAGAAGGCUCAGAACCUGAACGUCUACCUAUCACCUACGGACCAGUCAGUCCCCAACAGAGUCAUACGCACCAUUGUCCGAGGAGACUUUACCAAGAUGCAAGAAGAGGCUGAGAAGGGUCUUCGUCGGGCCCGUAGCUACCUGGUAGCCACAGAUCUGAGUGAAGAAUCAGUAUAUGCCCUUGAAUGGACCAUUGGCACUAUACUGCGUGACGGAGAUACUAUGUAUGCCAUCUACGCCAUCGAUGAAGAAGGUUCUUCUACCAGACCAUCCGAAACGGAUUUGCCAUCAGUAAUGCCCAUAAGUGAUGGCUUCAAGGCAGUAAUGGAUAUAGCGGCGACAAUGCACUCACAGACAGCCGGCAGCUCAUCAAAGAUACCCACCCGGCCGUCAUCAUCAGCUUUCCCUUCUCCGCAAGUCUCAAGCACGCAUCUGCCGGGUUCAGGCAGUGAGAAGGAAAGGGUGAUUGAAAGCACAACUGGAUCAGUGGAUUCGAGAGCCAUGUCGAAGGUAGAGGCGGACAGGCUUCAUGCCAUCGACGGUAUUACGGAAACGUGUGUUCGCUUGAUGCGCAAGACGAAGCUGCAGGUCCGCGUCGCUGUUGAAGUAAUACACUGCAAGAGCCCGAAACACCUCAUCACCGAAGCUCCCCGUAGCGUCCUUCUGGGCUCAUUCUCAAACUACCUCGUCACCAAAUCGUCAGCUCCAGUGAUGGUUGCUCGCAAAAAGCUGAAGAAACACGCCAAAUUCAAGAACCACCCGCUUCGCUUCUCGAAUAAUUUGGCAGGCCUAGGAUCCACCAACAUGAGGCUUGCGAAUGCUAAAAUUGAUUAA